UGCAUUUAAUCAUUUAUCAGGAAUGAAUCUUAAAAGUCUUUCAAUAUGUGUAUUAAUCGUUCUUAUUGGAUAUGCCAAGUCCGAUGGCACUGAAUCUUAUAUAAUAUACAAUACAACGGCAUCGAAAGCCGAUCAUGUGCUGGUCCAUCAGUUUAAGCAGCGCAUUUACAAGAUGGUCGACUCUGUGCCCUGGCAUGCGCACGUUAAGGCCUGGGUUGAUGUGGGACUCAUUGUUGCGGACAAGCCAUUGACAAAGCUGAUGAAUGUGGCCAACGAGCUGGGCGAAUAUACUGAUUAUGAUGAAUGGAGGCGCGCUCUGUGGCAGAAGAUCGGCAACAAAUUUAAGCUAUAUACAACAGGCGAACUGAGGAGAUUUGUUAUCUUUGUGAAUACCCAUGUUAUGGGCCUCUAUCGCGAAAUGCUGAGGAGACAGCAACAGUCUAGGAAGGCCACUUUGGGUCUGGACUAUGCAGAAAGGGAAGGAGACUACUCGUAUGCAGGCGAAAGAUCUGCCUAAUUUUGAAACCAGGAAAAUU